AUUCUCUAUUCUCUCAUGUUCGAUGUGUGGUGUCAUAGAGAGAUAUUCGUGAUCCGACAAGUAAUAGAACAGAGAGGAAAUACUAUACAAAAUGUUGAGUUUUAUUUGCUAAAAUAACUAUGUAUUACUUUUAUAAAUUAACGCUCGUGUCCUACUGUAUCUUGGUACAAAUAUAGCGAAGAAAUUUUUGUUGUAAUAGCUCAUUAUGAACUGUCAUCAAGUACUUAGUGGUGCCUGCAAUUCAGGGGAUCAAUGUUUUGCUGUGGGAUCAGUGGAAGGAAUACCUUUUACAGCAUAUGCAGCAGGAUGUAACAUUGUGAUAUUGGCUUCAAACUUUGAGAGAGUCCAAAUCAUCCCUGGAGCUAUCCACGGCUAUGUUCGCAUCAGCUCCCUGGACUGCAGCACUGACACGGGAAAGAUUGCUGCUGCUUAUGGUGCUGAAGUCUGCAUUUUUGAGCCAACACCAUUGAUCCAUAGCGCUGCAACCACACAUGGUCUAGAAUAUCGCUGGGUGCAAACUGGCAAGUUGGUAGCGGACGGGCCGAUCACAGCUCUAUCGUGGAACCUUGAGGGCACCCGACUUCUCACCGGAGGCAAGAUCUUACAGCUAUGGCACCAAGCAUCGCUCUAUCAGGAGGACAGCCAACCCAGUUCCGGUGUCACAUUCCAAAUCGGCGGCGACAAAGAAGAAAAGACGAAACCGCCGGAAGACGACGAACCCGGUUGGCUGUGUGUGUGGCAGUGUCACACGGCGACGCCGGCGCACCACCUCGCGUUUUCACCGGACGGCGUUUUGUUCGCCACGUCGGGCGUCAACGAUAGACUCGUCAAAAUAUGGUAUCAAAAUAAAGUGUUGGUGCAGGCACACGGCGAGCACGCGCCGCCCGAGCUGAACUACACGUUCAUAUACGUGGCGCACCCGCGCGCCGUCACGCACCUGUCGUGGCGGAAGACGAGCAAAUAUAUGCCCAAGGGUAGCGUAGGCAACGUGCUAGUGACGUCAUGCGUGGACAACAUCUGCCGCGUGUGGGCGGAGACGCUGCUACCCGAGGACGAGUGGGGCGGCGGCUGCGUGUCUGCGCACUCGCGCUCGCCGCCGCGACGACAGCGCGCCACGCACCGACACAAGCACCGGUUUAUGCAGCGCUUAAAGCAUAUGAAAACGUGUUUCCACAUCCGGCGGAAUGCCCAGUCGUCAAAGCAGCCCGGCGCACCGAUCCCCACUCUCCCCUCCACGUACAGCGCGCACGAUUUCCACAACCCCUACCACUCCACAUCUUAUACUGGAGGGCUGCACUUCCACCUGGCGGCGUCUAUCAACGCGGAGACGGACAUCCCGCUGGUGCCGUCGCUGGCGGGCGGAGGCCGCUUCAUCCUGCACUGGCUGCACAACAAGGAGAUGCACUUCACCAGCCAAGCGGAGGCGAUACUGCACGAUCUCACUAAAAAAAUUUUAGACAAAGAAGAAACGGACGAAGGCGGCUCUGGUUCCGAACACACCAACCAUCCGGACGGAGAGCAUGAAAGCAGCGGAAAUCACAGCCACCCCAGCCUAUCGAACACCACGUCGAUAAACUCGAUAGCGACUGACGUCACGUGCACGCAUUUGCCCGACUCGCUCGACGCCAAGAUAGAAGGGUUGCUGCGCGACUGGCAUCAGAGUCCCGACCUGCUGUUCUCUAUACACCCUGUAGAUGGCAGUUUUCUUAUAUGGGUAUGCGAGUGGUUAGACGAGUUGCAAGCGGGCGCCAUACGGCAGGCGCAGGUGUCGUUCUCAGCGCGCAUCCCAUCCGCGUUCCCGCUGGGCGACGCCACCACCAUGUGCACGCCGGCCGCUCUGUACCACGCCGCCGCGCAGCCGCUGUACGUGCGACACCGGACCAAGCCCGUCACACCGGGCCAACCUCAACAGGGUGAAACAGUGACCACGCCACUAGCGAGUGUACAGGAAGAGAAGGAGGAGACAGAUUGGACACAAAACGAUGAACAAAAUGCGCAACAAGAAAAUGGUGCACGAGAAGAAAACAACAAUGAAAUGAAGAGGAAAACCAGUGUCGUAACCGAAGAUCUCGGGGAGAACCAGGACGGCGACGUGUUGGAGUCCGCGCCAGUUAUAUCCAUGGUCACUAACCACACUAACGGAACCCUUAACUUGUGGCAGUUAACGUUCGACGACAAAUCCAAAUUUUCACAGGUGUUAUCAAUAGGUCACGCUUCUAGAGCAUCGGGUCAUAGGUUUAGAGUUAACGACAUCACAUGCCAUCCAGUAUUACCAUUAUUGCUAACGACAAGCCAUCACAAUAUAUCAGAUCACGAAAGGGAGGUAACGAAUGUGGACGAGGACGCGGCCGCAGGCGGCCUCUGCUCGGAGCUAAUUAUGUGGCGCGUUGAGUGCGUGGGCCCGCUCGGCAAGUCAGGCGGCGUUUCCGAGCUCGCGCGAGUCAACUCGCCCCACCUCUCGGCCUUCAGUAACGUCGCUUGGUUGCCCACUCUACUGCCUAGUACAACCUUGGGAAACUUAUCAAAUUCACCAUCAGCCUGUUUCGUGGCCAGCGACGGAGAAAGCUUAAGAUUGUUCCAAGCGGUCAUCGACGCGCGAACUUUGUUAGCUGAAAUUGCUACUUCAGAACGUCGACAUAAAGAUGUUAUGCACCACGACACUAUGUCACUAUCGUCUGAUUCGACUGUAGAAGAAGGCGGCAUACCUCUCCACCAGCGCAUAAAGAUCGUGUCCCAGCAGUCGACGGCGCGACCCGGAGCGAUCAUACAGCUGCACGCGAUAGCGGACGCGACGCACGACUGGCACAACACGCAGCUCCUGCACGUGUUCCAGGAGCAGCUAAUUACUGGUGAACGUACAUCCAGCGACACAGAAAGCUCUGACUCCGGCGUAGAAGGUUCGGACGUUAACACAAUAACCGAAGCGGGGCUGGAGGCUAUAGUCGACUUGCGGAAGACAGCAGUCUUCAACGAACCAUUCUACAUCGUGGUGUUGGAGAGAACUGACGGAGGCUCUACUGUCCAUAUGUGGAGAUUGACUGUUUCUUCACAGGCUGAUCCAUCAGAUGACCUAACAAACAGUAUGAUGUACGUGCCGGACAGCGCGUUAGUGCAAGAAGACGAAGGCGAGUCUCGAAAGAACUCCAUAUCGGUGGAUGCGGACCGACCCGCCGCGGCGCCCACACAUUCGCAUCUUUCCAUUACUACUAAAAAGGUGUGUGAAUGUCCUUUAUCACUGCCCGAUGGUGUGGAUGUAAUCCAUGCGACGCCGGCAGCGGGCCACUUGAGUUCCGCCUCAAUAUACCCCGCCUGCUUAGCGCCGUACAUCCUAGCAACUGCCUGCUCCGAUAGUACUUUAAGGUUUUGGAAGUGUAACGUAACUAAAAAAGACAAUGAUGAAUUUGAUUAUACGUGGAAAGAGUGGGAAAUGAUGAACAAAGAUCAAGAAUCUACUAUAGACAUUCCAGGUCAACCCCUCCACAUAAGCGCAGCGUACUCCGGCCGUAUAGCGUGCGCGUACAAAUGCGGCAGAUCGUUCACCCGCCCCAAGGCCGGUCUCACUGCCAACAACUCCAACCCCGACGCCCGGUUCGUGAACCUCAGCGUUUGCGUAUACGAGUGCGAGAGCACCGGCGGCGCCGAGUGGCUGCUAGAGGACACCAUACCGUUGAGGAACGUCAGUCUGCCCCGUGUCGGCGUGUGCGCUGAUACGCAGAUCGAUUUGUCGUACUUGCACGACACGUCGUUUAUGCAGAAGAAACAAAGGCUGACGCAGGUCUUGCAAACAUUGUCGUCCGACGAAAGCCGUAACAAUCGCAACGGCGAGGGCGACACCGGCAAGUCGGCAGGUCUCCUAGCAGUCCCGUCGUUCAGUACUCUACAGUCGUUGCGCAAAAGCAUCAUGGAGAACGGGAACACUUGCCCGCUCACACAGAAACACCUCGUGCAACUGGACUGGGUGUCCAAGGAGGAUGGAUCGCACAUCCUUACUGUCGCUGUCGGAUCUAGGGUGCUAUUGUUCACCCCCGUUUCCAGUGAUUUGGCUCAAGCUAAUUUGAAGGCAAUGAAAGAAUCGAUAAACAACAACCGGCCAAUACUCCGCAAGGCGUCAUCCCUCGCUGCGCCGCUAUUCGUCGAAGAGAUUCGAUGGAUGCAGCUCCGUCGUAUCCAGUUGAAGACAGCCGAUGGUCUGCCGCCGCUGCCGAUGCAGAUAUCGUGGGUCCGGGAUGGGAUACUGGUGGUGGGGAUGGACUCGGAGAUGCAUGUCUACUCGCAGUGGAAACCGGAGACUCCACAGAUAACGUCCGGUCAAGCUGCUACGCAAGAGCAAGAAGAUAGCGGCGAAUCUCGCGCGCUCCGUGAUUCAGACUUGCGCGUGUCCGCACCACACUUACAGCGCGUGUCUUCGAUCAACCUGCAGCUAUUGGAGCGCGACGCCAGGCGACGGAACAAAACGCAACCGGACCAACCUCAACCACUUUUAGACUAUAUGCCAGAUUUUGGUCUUUUCGAGGCAUCACAGAUGGCAUGCCCAGUGCUACCUCAGUACCAUCCUAAGCAAUUGAUGGAGCUACUGAAUAGUGGGAAAAUCCGAUGGGUUAAGGCGAUUCUUGCUCAUUUAGUCAGAUGUAUCGGUGGGAGUUAUGCGACACGAACCUCGCAGGGCGACGAAGACAGCGUCUCAAGACAGCGCGGCUGGUCGCGGUCACGCACGCUGUCCGUGUCUUUCGCCGCGGGCGCCGCAUCGCCGCUUGACGGCGUCGCACAGAUAACCGAAGACGUCCAGCUGGAUUACGCGGAACUAACGUCAGUGCCGCCGUUACCACUCUGGACUUUACUAGUUGCGGACAAGGAGUCUGCGCACCAUCCGUCCACAAUACAAGAGGCUAAGGAUUACAAUGAACUAUUUGAGGGAACAAUGGAAGUAGAGGAGGAUCUCGAUGCUCUGUUGUUGAGUGAAGAAGAUGGUAUAGACCGGCGUCCUUCGAUGCCAGAAAGACAACCGCUUUCACACUUUGGACCUAGACAAGGACGCAUUCUCUCCCGGUUAUUGACACACACUCAUCUUCCCGGCCUGAGUUCACUGGACCAAAUGCAUCUGUUGGCCUUGGCCGACACCGUGUCGACUUGCGAUGCAGACUUUGCCGAACGACUGGCGACAAACGCUCGAGUUGAUGUUACUCAAGGAACUGGCCAGGAGGUUCUACCAGAUUCUUUAGACGACUGCGGGUUACGGUUCCUUCUAGCUAUGAAACAUUACGGCUAUCUAUUGCGGUGUCUGCCGAUAGCACAACGCGCGUCCUUACAGCGUACAGGCGUAGGAACUUGUAACCUAGUAUGGGCCUUCCACUCUGAGACUCACGAACAACUCUUGAAUCUAGUGCCUGGAUAUGCUAAGGGACAGCCUAAAUGGUCAACAAUGAGAGAACUAGGUGUCGGUUGGUGGAUACGCGGCGACCUCUUGCGCGUGUGUGUGGAGCGGCUGGCUCGUUCGUCAUACAUGGCCAAACAAGAUCCCAUGGACGCGGCGCUUUACUACCUCGCCAUGAAGAAGAAGACAUUGUUGUGGGGGUUGUUCAGAUCCAAUCGCGAUGAGAAGAUGACGGCGUUCUUUGCAAACGACUUUAGCGAGGAUAGAUGGCGAAAAGCUGCAUUAAAAAAUGCUUUCGUCCUUCUAGGCAGGCAACGAUUUGAACACGCGGCCGCUUUCUUCUUAUUGGGUGGUGCCCUGAAGGACGCUUUGGAGGUGCUUAUAACAAGAUUAGGAGACCUCCAACUGGCGAUGGUAGUCGCGCGUUUGUUUGAGUCCGAUAACGCUUUGCCAAAUAGUUUGAAGAAGUUACUCAUGGAUGAAAUAUUAGGCGGUGAAACCGAAGACGGGAUCGUGGACUUGGAGCAGGCGCAUCCCGAUCCGUUCAUCAGAUCGAUGGCUUUGUGGGAAUUGAAACGCUACGGAGAGGCGUUAGACACUCUGCUCAAUAACGCGGGGCGCCUGCACGCGGCGCGCGACAACGAGCCCAUGCCCAGCGUGUUCAACUUCUACGUGUAUCUGCGCACGCAUCCGCGCCUCAAGCGACACAACAUGCCCAGUCAGGGCGGCACCUUAGCGUUACUCCAACAAGAAGCGGAGGAGGGCAUAACUCGUCUCGAACGACGUCUGUACUUCCAAACAGCGCACGGCCACUUCAAGGCCGGCUGCCCGGCGCUGGCGCUAGAGGUCCUCUCGAAGUUACCAGCGAGGGUGAGGGAGGAGAGGGCUCGCCCUGCGCCACAGGCCGCGCCCUCCGUCGACGAGACGGUCAUCCACACAGGACAACUGGUCGAAGACACGACAGCCAAAAAGGAAGAGGAGAGCAUGGAUUGGAACUCAUCAUCGGUAGAUUGGGGCGCGCCUGUCAGCAGCGCUAAGGAUGACGAACUUGUUCUCAAAUGGGAUGAUGAUGACGAUGAAGAAGAAAAAUCUGGUUCAGGAGCAUCAACACCUCCUUUAGAAAUGAAAAUGGACAAAUCAGUAGACACAGAUGUCCAAGCUACGUCAGAGACUGAAAAGGAAGAGGAAGGCCCCACAGUGGAUAUCAUGGCUCAACAGUUGAAAUUCGUGGCCUGCUUGAAGAUACUGAUGGAGGAACUCAGCACUUUGGCUACUGGGUUUGAAGUUGAUGGCGGCCAUCUUAGAUAUCAGUUGUACAUUUGGUUGGAGCGCGAGGUGGAAGCUCUUCGACGUCUAUGCGGCUACGUGUCAGCGUCGGGCACUGCUUCGGGAGGAGAAUUGAUUUGCGCCGAUGCGGAACCGCCGCCGCUGCCUGAGAAACCCACGCUACAUCAACUGCUCAUUCGGGAAAAGGCAGACUUUGAAGCCAAAGUGCAGAGGGCGGUGCGGAGAAAAAAAUGGCUGAAAGCAAACGAGACGCUCCUCCGAACGUUACUGUCAUACUGCUCGCUACACGGCGCGGGCGGCGGAGGGCUGGCCUCCGUGCGCAUGGAGCUAGUGCUGCUGCUGCAGGAGUUGGGGCAGGAUAAGCAGCAUCAGCAGUUACUGUCGCCGCUGCCAUUCCCCACCACCCUACCACUGCUCGCCGCGGCCGUCGCCACUAACAACACCGUCGUUGCUGAUCCAGUCAGACAUCUGCAGUCCGUAGCACAUGACAUGCUUGGCACACUUAGCGAGCUGGGAAUCCCCGGCGGCUCCGCCACGCGGAUACUGCACACUCUCCGAGAGCUGGCCGUCGCGCUGUCCGCCUGCAUCUACCAGAGUCUCUGUGACUCUGACACCUUUAGCUUGAAACAUGCGCAUCAUGAUGGAAUGAUCGCCGAAACUCCUGGCACAAGCAACCUGUUGAUAAGACCGCGGCGGUAUUCUACUGAAGAGCUUACUGUGACCACUCCGCCCAACAAAUGGCCUGGUGUGUCAGCAUUACGCGGACUAGCUCUCCGCGCCGCAGAGGAAGAGGAAGCUCCUAGAUUACCUGUGUUACUGGCGGAAGCUUACUGCGGCGUUUACUUGGCGUUGUUGGGAUGGGCGCUGGCGGCGAGAGACGCCCAUUUGCUGUAUAGACUGUCGGCGCACAACACCGACGGGAAGGCGCACGCCAAACUGUUCGGAGGAGGGGUUCGGAGACUGCUCACCACAGCUCCUGCUCAGCCUCAGCCGAAACUCGUCGAGCGCACAGAGGGCACGUCAGUAUGGUCGUCACUUAGGGAGAAGAGGGCGCUACUGCACAUGCGUUUAUUGGGACUGAGCCCCACCACGCCGCACAAGAACAUACAGGAGGGGCGCCCCACCUACAGGGAACAGUUCGUGCCGCCGCAUUGCAGUAUACUCACCUUCUUGCUUACUAAGCCGACAGCCGAACAAGAUCCAGAAAAUAAUGAUUACGAUUCCGCGGAAUCCGGCGCCGAAGAUGCGGACGAAAGUGGAAGCGAAGCCGACGACGAUGACGAUAUCUUCGAUACUUCAAAUACGAAAAGUGAGAAGCGGCGCAAAGGUGCCAACAUGGAGCACUCUGAGCCGGACUCGUACUCGUGGUACGUGAUGCGUGUCGCCGUGCUGCGGCUCGCACAAAACAAGCUGCAGCACUUCCUGCAGCUCUGCGGUAUUGAAAUGUCAGAACUAGCGACCACAAGCCCCACGGUGCACGGCGCGCUGCGGCGCGUGGAGCAGUGGCAGCAACAGUUGACGGAGACACUAGAGUCGCGCGCGCCGCCGCCCAACUACAUCCCCGGCUGCUUCCCUGAGCAGCAGACGUCCGGCCCACCUAUCAACAAGUACAGAUGUCUAUUAGAGAAACACAAUACGCCGUUCAAUACAUCGCUGUAUAGCAGCGCGCCGGCCCGACGUCUGUGGAACUUCUUGGUGCGACAAGAACUAGUGCAGGAAGUGUUUAUACGAGCGGUGUUCUCUCGUCGGCGCACGCAGUCGUUGUCGGCCGAGGUGACGGACGGACGCGCGGGCUGCAUGCCGCACCAGACGCGGCCGCAGGACGACGACCUGCACAGUCCGGUCAGGAUUAUACACAAGGAGCAGGACUCUAUCGCCGCUUUCUGUCUCAAUAGAGUAGGAGGAGGUUUGCUAGCAGUAGCGACGGCUCGCGAGGUGCAAGAGAUGGACGUGUCGUUGUUGCUGAAGGGCGGCGCGUGUUGGGCCGAGGACGAGUGUGAGGUGGACCUGCUGGCGCUGUCGGCCGACCCCGCCUCGCUGCCGGACACCGGCUUCCUGCUUAUACAGCAUCAUGAUAAACCAAAUGGAGGCUCGGUCCCCGGCACCGGCAAUAGUUCGCCACUCAACCCGAACGCGCCGCAAGCACCGGUGGGCAUGGCCGGCCAGACCGGCCGGGGCGCUAGUGUCGUCAAGGGCCUGCAGUUUCCUGGUUGCCACGACGCCAAAUACUGUCGCCUGGUGCUGCAUCGCUCCAAGCUUCUAAUGAAACCGGUACUCAAACACAAAAUUGACAAUAUCAAACGAAUGGCCGCACAUCCUUCACAACCGUUGUACCUGACAGGCGGCGCGGACGGCUCGGUCCAGCUGUGGGAGUGGGGCCACGGCUCGUGCGUGUGGUCGCCGCGCGCGCCCGGCGCGUUCGCGAAGGUGACGCGCGUGCGUUUCUCCGACUACGGGAACAAGUUCGCGGCGUCGGACGCGGACGGGAACCUCGCCCUGUGGCAGCUGCACCCUUCCGCCGCCACUGGCAACCAGCCGCACGCUUCGCCGAGACCGUUCUUUACACAUCAAUGCCACAGUAAAGGCAUAAGCGACUUUGUAUUCUUAGGUUCCUGUAGUUUAGUUGCCACAGCUGGUCAUAGUUCGGAGAGUAAAAAUGUUGCCAUUUGGGAUACACUAAUGCCCGUAAAGAAAGCUUUAGUGGUUUCGUGGACGUGCCACGAGGGCGGCGCUGCGUGCGUGGCGUGGGCGGGGCAGGCGGGCGCGCUGGUGUCGUGCGGGCGGCGCGGCGACGUGCUCGUGUGGGACCUGCGCGCGCGUGCCCCUCGGCAUAAGCUGCACGCCCACCACGCGCCCAUCAAGUGUGUGUCGCUGUCGCCGAGGGAGGACUACUACGCGAUUGGCGCUGCGGACGGUGAUAUUAAAGUGUUCUCCUUAGCCACGCAUCAGCUGUUGCACACAUUCGCGGGCGAGCACGCGAGGAGCUCGUUCUUCAAACACAUCGGCCAAGGCGUCACACAAAUACAUAUAGACGGCGCGGGCCGCGUGUUCUCGUGCGGCGCGGACGGCACUAUGAAGGUGCGCAAGCUGCCGGAGCGCGACCCCCCCGCGCCGCACCACUACUCCACAACCACAUAGUAUAACGGCGUGACGGCUGAGUGAGGUGCGAGUGUACAGAGGGCCGGAGUGGGAGGGGCGCCCUACUUCCCGAUGUGAUGUAUAUUUUACUUGUUGCUGUUUGUACGUUGGAUUAUACGUUAGACUAGUCACUGAGUAGGCGAUGUUGUAUCUUUAGUGUAUUAUUGCAAAUGUUUAUAAUGAAUCUUUAGUUAUUCCUAGUACGAAAUAUUCGCUAUUAUUAUCUUAACUUGCGUGUUUUUCGCGACUCUAAACCCCUUUUGACAUAUUUUAAAAAGAAAUCAUCUAUCAAUCCAAUAAACAACAUGUUUCAAAAUGGACUCGACUUAUCAAUAUUUACAAUAAAAAAACAGAUUAUAAUUAUUUGAUUGUUUUCAACUAAGCGCGUGCUGCGUGCUUAGCACUUUAGUUUAUAACUGUACCUGCGUAGAAGACAGUCAUAUUGGUUCAACUUACUUGUCGGUGACUACAAUUGUAGGCUUGAUUUGAGAUUGAAGUGUACAGUUAUAAAUUCAUUACGUUCAAUUAUACCGAAACAAUUCAAAAGGGGUUUGGUGCGCGGAAAACACGAGUUAUACACAAUUUAUUUAUUAGCGGGGGACUUAGACUAAUUACAUAAGGACCUGAUUCGCUAGACGGUACUUUCAAAGUAUAUGAUCAACGAUCUGAUGUCAAAAAUGGUCAACAUCUUCUAGUUCAGUAUAAGAUUCAUACCAGUGGCGUAGGUUGCCUUGUAUCAAAAUUAGUUGGAGGACCCAAUAGACGAGCGGCAAAUCCCGAAAAAGCUCUUUAGCAGUUUUUUAUGUUCUUUUGUCCGGUAAUCAUGAGAUUAAGGAUUGAGGAUUAAAUUUUAUUAAUUUUUGCUUUCACAUUUAAGGGGCCCCUGUAGACCGGGGGCCCCGUAUCAUUGGCGGUAGCUACGCUCCUGAUUCAUAUCUAAUUUAAACUCGUUUUUUUUUCACAAAAUGACAGACAAUUUUGUUCGUUUAUUUGGGUGCGAUACUAGUCCAUAUGUAAUUAGCCCGAGGCGGGGUAUGGUAGGGUGAAUAGCGAAUGCAGCUAUGGACGCGUGAGCUCGUCGAGUGCAAUAACUGCUAAACUUAUGAAUUAGUCCGAUGUCGGAGCCUUUGAACUUGUUAACGAAUAACUCUUCAACAUAUUUAGCUUAAUAUGAGUGCACAUAAUCAUAACGUGUGACUUGUUGACGCAUAAUAAAUAAUUUACAUACAUAUUAUAUUAUUAUAUAUUACGAUAUACCGUAUGUUUGUUGUCGUGGCUUUUAAUAUGUGUAACGUUGACGUGUAUCUUUAUAUAAUCAUAUUAUCGACUCGUGUAGGUCUAAGAUUCGCGGCACAACAUUAUUUUGUGAAGACAAAAUGACUUUUUGACAGCCUCCGUGGCGCAGUGGCAUGUGCGGUGGAUUUACAAGACUAGGUCCUGGGUUGGCCGAUUGAGAUUUUCUUAAUUGGUCGAAGUCUGGCUGGUGGGAGACUUUGGCCGUGGCCAGUUACUGCCACAAAGACUUACCGCCAAGCGAUUUAGCGUGUAGAAACCGAAAGGGAUGUGGAUUUUCAUCAUCCUACUAACAUGUUAGCCCGCUUCCAUCAUAGAUUGCAUCAUCACUUACAAUCAGGUGAGAUUGUAGACAAGGGUUAACUUAUAAAGAAUAAAAAAGAGCUAUAUUAGGUUCGACCAGCAUUGGUCUAUAUAAUACGUGGCGCGCUUAUUAGACCUACUGGAAUGUUUCGAGGAGAUGUAUCGAAAUGUUCGAAGGUAUAUCAAUAAAUAUUAUUAUUAUAAUCUAAAAAGAAAUCCUUUUAAAAACUUCACACGCUAUACUAUUAGGUGUAAGUGUUUCAUCAAAUUUAAAUAUUUUUCGUAUAACAUGGGAUGUUUUCGAAAAUGUACGUCCAUUUUGUUUUCUGAAAGCAAUACGUCGUUUAAUAAAAACAUAUUGAAAAUAAGGCAAUAAUGCAACCUUGCACUACAUUAGGCUCUGGUUAACAGUAUUAAUGAUAACAGAAUGAACGAGAGUGGGAGGAUUUUAUUUUUUUUAAUAGAACCAAAAGCCGCGAACGCUUUGGCGUGCAUUGAAAAGAGGAGAUUAAUAAAAUUACUAUUACUAUGUAAUGAGUUAAUAUGUAGUAAAUAAUAAGCCUGUAGCCAUUUGACACUUCGAAUCGUUAGCGUUAGCGUUAGCGCUUGUAGAAAGAUCUACAUACGCUAACGCUAAUUAAAAAAUGUAUGGGAAUGACAUUCACUGUCUACAGGUCACGUGAUCAAGUUGUCGAUCGGAUCUGUCAUUCCCAUACAUUUUGUUAGUUUCGAAACAUUAGCGUUUGUAGGAAGUGGGAUACGUUUGCACUCUUACAGCAAAAAAUAUCGUUAAAUAAAUUACGUAAUAUAAUCAAACGCAUUUUUUCAAGCAUUAGGCCCCUUUAAUGGUAAGCGGAAAGCCAUUGCCUAAUAAACAGAGACACUUCACAGGGCUUUUAAGGAACAUGUCCUACAAAUUGUCAGUCUGAGUUCAAUUACCUUCUAAAGGACCUGCCUCGCUAGCUCGCUAGCUACCCCUCUGUCAAAAGUAUAUGAUCAUGAUCAAAAGUGUUCAUACAUACUGCAUAUAUAGAAUCAAUGUUUCACUGUGUUAAAUUACACAUGUGUGUAUUACGAUAUUUAUAGUUGUGUGUAGUGUCACAGUAGUAAGGACAGGAUAUAUUUAUUGUUCGAUAUAUUUUCGAUGUGAUUUUACCUCGUCCCCCUCAAAAAACGACAGACAAAAUUGAAUGGUGAAUUUUAGUGCAUUACAAGUCCAAUAGAAGGUAAUUAGUCUGAGUUUUACACUGGGAAUCCCAAUUAAAUUAUAGUCUGUGGUGUUGGUGUUUAAGCCUAUACUGCCACAUUCAAGUCCAUCCAUUCACUCUGGCUUCCAAAAUCAAUCAAUCAAUGACAGUUACUUUGGAAGCCAGGGAGCUACUCGAUUGUUGUAUUAAAAAAUAUUGUAUUUGAAAUAAAUAAAUUUUUGAUUUUGUUUUUUUAUAGCAGUAGUUAUCAGAGAGAUUGUCCCAAUUAAAAAUGCCUUUUUACUUGAUUUUACAUAAUAACGCAUUAAAUAUACAUAUACAAUAGAAAAUUACCGUAAUAUAACUAAUUUGGAUGGAAAAUCUUUAGAAUUAAAAUAUAAAUAUCGUUCUUUUUUAAUUUCCUCUCAUACGCACGCCAUUGCAUGCGUGGUGUUUAGUUGUGUGUGUUACUGUCUAAUUGUGAUAGUUAUGACGGCAGCCGUCAGUUUCGCAUUUUAUUCCAAUAAAAUUACUAAAUUACUUACUUAUAAUUUGGAAGAUAUUUACAUGUACGCAAUCAAUUAGUAAGUGUGUGUUUAGUUGAACCUAAUUUUGUCUAUAGCUUAUUUUAUAUUUUUCGAAAAUUAUAUAUAAACUUAUUUUAAUAUAGCACUCACAAUUAACAAGUAUUUUAAUUUGAGCAUUUCUUAUAAUAAUUUAUUAUUAACUUUUAAUCUAACUGAUCUAAUAUAAUCACGUGUCCUGUAACGUAGGAUUAUUAAAUACAGAAGACAAAACCCCCCAUGUAUGUACCAAACCACAACUGUCAAAAGACAUUUUCUAGGACAGUUUCGUUAUUUAUAUUUGGUUAACUAUUUAUAACUUCUUUUUAGGUUAAUAUUAUUUUAUCGCCAAAGUUGUGUACAGCGAUUACAUUUAAAUUCACUUCACAAAUAAGUUACCAUCACUUUAGGUCUUACUUUUCUUAAUUCGCACAAUAGACACGUAAAUUGAUGCAGAACUAGUAAACAAAGAUUUGUCUAGGUUAAUGCUAAAAAGUUUUCAAGUUCACAAUCAAAUGACCUAUCAAAAACUGAAUUGUAAAUUCUAGACUUGUUCGUCCAUAUAAAGGUCGGUACAUACGGAACGGCGUAAGGACGUGGACGGAACCUGAUCCGUGCUCUUGGAACAUUAUGUGAUAUUAGCGGACGCCCGCAACUUCGUUCGCGUGGAAUUCAGUCUUUCACAAAUCCCACGGGAACCAUGGAUUUGUUUGGGAUAAAAAGUAGCCUAUAUGUUAAUCCGGAGUAAAAUCUAUUUCCAUUCCAUAUUUAAACACACACACACGUUACGUAUGUAGCGAGCUUUUAAAUGUCAAUUACGUAUGUCAUGCUUGAUGUGACCAUAAUGACUGACUUACUUGAAAACUUAAAAGUAAAUACAUUCUGAUGGUUUCUUUUAAUUUAUUUUUAAAACAAAUUCUAUGCAAUUAUAACUCCAUUUGUGUGUGUAUACAGCGAAAAAUAUUCAUAUUAAAUAAAUAUUUAAUUGAAAAAUUGAUGUUAUAAGGAAGAAAUGUUUAUAGAACAAUAUAUUAAAAUCAUUAUACUUUCAAACAAUUUAACUACAGAGGCAUAAAAAGAAAUAAAUUUUGAAUGUGAUAUAUCUGUAAUAGGAGUGUGAAUUCUUAAUUUAUCAUAUUAUUGUAAAUAGAAAACUUGACGACUAAAAAAAAUAUAUCUUUGUUUUUGGAGUAUAAUUUUUUUGGCCCAUAAGAACUUAGUAGGAACAGUUAUUAUAAAAUUAUUACAUUUCAAUUUUCAAAAUAAUAGUCCACAUUAUUUUUUUAUCUAUUAUUGUAACGAUACUUUUUCAUUCAAUUCUUAUCAGAAAGAAUGAAUAGAGGUGAUAACAUUCAACUUGAAAGGAGGCCUAAUUUUUAUGUUACCCUAAAAUGAGCAUGCAUACAAUAAAAUGAAAAAUUAUUUAUUAAAUUUUAUUAUGGAUGAUGAGGUUAAAGCAUUAUCAUUUUAUAAAAUACAGCAAUACACAGAAAUUAUCUUUGGUUAUUGCUAUAGUAAUACAUGAUGAUAUGAUUGCCAUUGUUUAAUCUGUUAAAUAUAACAAGAUUUGUUCUUAAAAUCAUUGUUUGGUAAAAUUUCAUUCGCCAUUUCCGCAAAAAAAGAUGCCUGUAUUAUAUGUAUACUUAAUUAUUUAUUAUAGACGAAUUAAAACAUUUUUGUAGAUGAAUAAUUCAUUAAAGUAUUCAGUUUUGUGUGACCAGACAUAGUAGCUAUCAAUUUUAUUAAAUCAGACGGAAUUAAUUUAUAGUAAAUUAGACUACAAAAUAAUCAAUUUAAGUUGUUAUCUAUUCUAUUAGUGCAAUAUUAGGGAAAGAGCAGACCGAGUUACAAUUUAUGCUCUGGUACUAUUACUAUUAAUUGUAGAUUUUAUUUUAUCUUUGUCCGAUUAUAAUAUGAUAUAGAUUUGUCUGAUUGGAUUUUUUAAAUAUUUUAAAAAACAACUUAUAAAUUAUAGGCUAAAAUUGAACUAAAAUUGUUACUCGGUCAAACCCUAAUUUAAGAAGCUGUUUUUUGAGCAUAAUAUUUUUUUUAAUUUCAGCAUCACAUUAAUGGUAACUUUUACUUAUUAACUAUUAUUCCUCUAGGUGUGCAAUAACAUACAUGGAAUUCCUUUUGUACUUGUGUGUUCCUGUUUUAAUAUUGAUGUCUAGCUAUGUAAUAUUACAACCUGCCAAGCCAAAACUCAUGUGUACCCAUAGAUUAAAAAUAUUUUUUUUUUGUAAAUAAUAGGGUCAUGGUCUGCUUUUGUAAUAAAUUGAGGACAUUUAUAUAGCUUUUACGAGUAGGGGUGCUAUUGGAAUAAAACAAGUUACUGCAUACUUUCAAUAUAAAAAAAAUAUCUACUAAAUAUUCCGUUAUAUUUUCGAAAGGUUUGCGGCAUACUCAACCCGGUUACUGGUCGUACAGACUACUUUAGUAUUUUAGUCGAGUACGAACAAUUUUUGGAUUUACCGCCCAAAAAUUGUUCGUACUCGACUAAAAUAGGUACCUAAAGUAGUCAGAACUAGGCAUUAGGGCAUGGACGUGGUAGCGAGUGGCGACGGGACGGGACGUAUAAACACAACGUCAUCGUCCCGUCCGUAUACACGUGUGUAUUUGGUAUAAAACAAUAUUUCCAAAAAAUCCACGUCCCGUCCCGUCACGUGAUAAAACACUACGUUUACAGUGAGCUUUAAUAUGUUAAUAAAUCUGUUUAAAUCGAUACUAGUCAAUGACCGUAUUAUUUACAAAUAACAAUAUUUAAAUAUGUAAAUCCACAUGCUGCAUCUGUGUUAAUGCAAUAAUUGUGAACAAUGUUCGUAUUGAUUAAAGCUUAUUUUGUUUUAUUUAUGAAAGAACGUUUAAAAUAAAGGUUAAUCUAAAA